AGGGGUUACGCUUGUAAGGUGAAGGGUUGCGGGAAGUGCUUUGCACGGGGCGAGCAUCUGAAACGCCAUGUUCGGUCGAUCCAUACCAAUGAAAAGCCGCAUAAAUGUCCUGUGCCAGGUUGCGACAAGGCUUUCAGCCGACAUGACAACCUCGGUCAGCACAUGCGCGUUCAU